AUGGCAGUCUGGACGAAAGUGGCCUAUCUACUGCUUUUCAUCAGUAUUCUACUAAUACAGCAGGGAAAUACUCUCAUUACAGGUUGUGCGGCCAGUCGAUUCCGCGACGUGAUCGGCACCGCCGAGAAGGACGACUACAUUAUCUACGGACUCACCCAGGACUGCCAGCUCUUCUUCGUGCGACCCUACCAGUUGGAUUAUUUGAAGGGUAUUCAGGUAGACCCUCGAAACAGCUACUGCUCCCCGUCGGUCGUCCAGCUCCAUGUCCUCUCGGCAACCACAUUGUUGCUGCUCAUGCGACAGGACGUAGUCUACGCCGUCGACGGCGAUUCCGCCGGGCGCCAAUGGACGGCCAAGCAGAUGGUGUUGCGCAACGGAACGCUCCGCCUGUUGAGCACCGUAACCUUUGAUCACUAUUCGCAAGAUCGAAAAGAAUCAAAAGAGCCCGCCUCCUCGUUCGUAAUCGGCAGCGAUUCGUCUCGACACUCGCUCGUCACGGUGAAUCGACAAUCCAGGAGCUACACGACAGCUUGUCUCUUCGAUUUGCUCUUCCGUCCAGAAUCCGUAAAAGCUGACAGUGGCCAGCUGGAGAACCCAUUCGGCGGGGCGGCCGAGCUGAAUUCGGUGGCUUCCGACGGCCCGUUGGUGCUGAUCGGGGAAGAAAAGAGGGCUGGCCCUUUCGCAACUUCCACCUUCCUGUAUGCCGUCAACAGCAGCGUGCGGAAUGCGCGGAUGAGCUGCAUCGCCCAGCUCGACUUUGCCACCAAGAUUGGCGUCGUUCGGAUAUCGACCAUCAAAAAGUUGACCGACGAGCCGCUGCCAAAAUUCUCGCCACAACGGAAAAAGGAACACCACCCGAAGGUCAACGACGACCUCGACGAGUCGGCGUCGAACCGGGUGAAUUCCGGGGCUCGUAGCACGACGGCAAGGCCGACAGCUCGGGUGUUCACCAGCACCCCGAAGCCUAGGAUCACUGAAGCACCGCGAGAGGAGCGGCCAGAAGAUGACCAAUUCUCCGUAAAUGCGGUCGGCGUAGCGGACCAAGAGGAAGAGGAGGAUGCGCUAAACGAGACUCAAGACUCGCCUAUGGACAAUGAACGAGCGAAUCACCAUCGUGAACAUUUGACCACUCGAGAAGCUACCGUCCCGGAACUCGCCACACAAUCCCCAUCCCCAUCAGAUCUCCCCCAAAAUGAUACCCUGACCGCGUCGUCGCCGGCUCUGGGCCAUUUCAUUUGUGCCUGUAUUGCGUGUGCUUUCAACCUCUUCCGCCUC